AUGUCUUUCGACUACCCAUUCUCGUUUGGGCCAACAACUCCUCCCGAGUUUUCUUAUGAGGAUGCUUUGAACGAAGCUUCCUUCACUGUGGGCCACAGCCGGUCGAGCUCCCAUGCCUCGAUGUACUCUAUAGAAUCAUCACCUGACUCUGUCAACACCGGACUCACCACUCCUGCCAGGUCGCCCGUUAGACAGCAUGGCCCAUUGUUGCUGCCCAAGAUCCGUCCACAGGAUCAAGAGAUUCAUUCUCCUCCCAAGCGGUUCAAGAAGACUCCCUCAGCAGCAGCAUUCAAGCCGUCGCAUACCAGGAGCUAUACCAACCCCGAGUCAAUCUCCUUUGCCCAGCAUGACAGCAUUCCUUCCCACACUCGCUCAAUGUCUGUAUUGUGUUCGCCGGUUACCUUUGCUCCAUCAUCGACACAAGGUCAUGAGCGCCGAGCAUCUAGCGUAGGCUUCGAUGGGUCGGCACUGGCAAAAUAUUCCUUCCCCACCUACCGUCAGAUGCCAACAUUCAUGCAAUCUGCAACCAACCCUCAAGCCGAGACUUUCAUGCCUCAAAACUUCUACCAGACACAGACGCACACACCGCAACGUACUCCCUCGCCUCUCCAGAACAGCCUUAUGUUGGAUGAGAUGACCCUCAAUCCAUUGGAUGACGGAAACAACACUUCCCUCAUGACGUAUCUCACUUCACCCAACCCAGCUCCCGCCUUGGUGCGCCAACUCAACAUUCACCUUCGCGACAGCAGCACCAAGCACUUUUGGUGGGACAUCCGUCAAAUCCGACCUUGGACCUCUUUCAACCCUUCUACAAUCAGCUCAAUACCUGGUCUACACGCACUACUCAGCAUCAACUUGCCCACAGUGACGUUUCCCACCCCACCACGUACUUCAUUGCAGCCAGAAACAGAGGGUGAGCUGCACAACAUCUACAACUCAUUCUAUGCCACCAAGCUCAACGCUGCACUUUCAAUGUCCCUCGGCUCUCGCCACAUCAUGAUGCGCUCUUCAGCUAAAGGCACUAAUGAUCCCUCAUUCAUCUCCAACUACACAGAUGACAACUCCCAGCUCAUCUAUGGACGAGGACUUGGGCGCGUCGUUGGACUCGUAAAGUCAUUCGAUCGCUGGAACACCGGCAUGAGAGUCGAAGGAAACCACCGCAAAGUUGAAUACCUCCGCGGACUCUCGCACCUGCACCGCCAGAUGCGCGAACACGGCUGCAGAUACGGCUUCAUCAUCACUGAGAUCGAGUUGGUAGUUGUGCGCAACGGCGGCGAAAACGUGCCCCACUUCGGAUACCUAGAGAUUCAGACCAUCCAGCUCGCAGCUCACGAUUCCCAGACUUCGACUUACGAAGAAGUAGAGGGCUCGUUUGUUGAUGCCGGUGAGGAGAACGUUGUCCAGAAGCAGCAGAAGAUGACAGCUCUGCUGGCGCUGUGGUAUUUGCAUAUGCUUGCUAGGGAUGAUACUUUGCCGGGACAGGUGGGCUGGAAGAGCGAGAUUGGUGCGCCUGCUGAGGGCACUAGGCGCAAGUGUCUGCCAAAGGAUGAGUGGAUUCCUGAGCCACAGCUUGCGGAGAAGAGGGAGGCGAAGAGGGCGAGGGGGUGGGUUUGGCCGGAAGAGAGUGUGGGGAGGAAGGAGUUGGGGAAGAGGGGUGUGAGAUAUACUUGUUGA